GACAACAUGCGGACUAAUCACUUCCUGGCGUUGCCAAUUUCUGCGCUGGUCGCAACAAGCCUUACGACAGCGCAAGCAUUGCAAUGUCCAAGCAAUUUCCAAGGACAAGCAUCGCAGAUGAUUGCAAGCAAUAUUGCACGAAGCCAAGGCGCAGCAGCAAGUUCUUCAGGCACUGGUCUGAUUGAGCUCGGAAUCUUCUAUCAAGCCCUACGCCAGGGUAUCGCAGCGACCAAUGACACGGCCAACAAGAAAGAAUGGACGGCAUACUUGCACAACAGCACAGCAAGUGCUGUCCCGCUCUUAUCANAUGCCACUUCCGCUACUCAGCUGCCUCUGGACCGCUUCUCUAUAGGCACUGAGAUGAUUAGGCAAUGGCAGGAAACAGGAGAUCCAUCGCUUCUGUCUGCCAUCGACGCGCUACAGGACUCGCUUACUCAACAACCACGAAAUGCCAAUGGAGGACUUUGGUACUAUGCCAAUCCCAAAAGUCUGACUGCGUAUCAAAAUCUGUCGUACACCGAUGGUAUGUACUCGUACCCGACUUUUGCGAUUCUUAGCCCCAGAAAUGGUACUCGAAAAAGCGAUAUUUUCAGUGCUGCGGCGGUGUUGAAGCAACUCGAGAUCCUCGAGGUCAUCUGCAAUGAUGGCACGGGUCUUCUUGUGCACGGAUACGAUGCCUUGGAAGCUCAUCACUGGGCGAAUCCGGAGACUGGUGCUAGCCCCUCGGUCUGGGGUCGUUCGCUGGCAUGGUAUACUCUUGGUGUAGUCGAAGCCCUGGAUUCCUUACCAUUUAUGCCUCAGCACUCGACCACACCGGAGAACAAGAUCGCAUACAACAACAUGAGGCUGCUUCUCAACUCUCUUAUCAAAGCCCAGAUCAUUGCUCUCGAGCGCGCCACAGCAAUCAAUGGUAACUACGGCGUCUGGCAAGUGAUCGACCUUCCUGGCGCUGCCAUCAACAGUACGGAAAACUUUGUCGAAACAAGUGCAAGUCUGAUGACUGCCUACUCGCUGCUCAAAUCAGUCCGUAUAGAGGUUAUUACAUCACCAAGCCUCCGCAACAGAGCCAUCAAAGCGGGCCUCGGGCUUUGGGAUACCAUACUCGAUACACAAAUCACGAAAAAUGCGAAUGGAUCACUGAAGCUGGGAGGCACGAGUCCUAUCGCUAGUUUGAGUGCGCAAGAUGUAGAUGCUCAGUACUAUUUCUCGAGACCGGUUGUGAAUAACAGUUUGAUUGCGACUAGUGCUUUCAUUCUUGCUGGUCUGGAAGUUGAGCGGUUAUGCGGUUGA